AUGCCGGUGUGCCACUUCGAGGCCCCGAUCGCGUGGGGCGACGGACAUUCGGCCGAACACGGGGCGCUGGAGCCCAAGGUGGCACUGCGGCUGACGCUGCCGACGUCACUCUUCGCGCGGCAGUUGGGCGGCGUGGAGUCGGGCUUCCACGCGCGGCUGAGCGCGGUGAGGAAGCGCUACGUGUACCGUCUCUCCGUGACCAGCGAUGUGUUGCCCUUCGAGGCACGGAGGUCUUGGCUUUGCGGCGCCUUAGACCUGACUGCCACGCGUGAAGCCGUGAACGCCCUCAGCGGCCGAGAGAUGGACUACUCCGCCUUCACCACAGGUGAGAACGAGCCAGAGUACCAUGGGUCUGUGGUGAAGACGGUGGACCUGGAGAUGAGGAUUUUGCCUGCGCAGGUCUUUAUUGAGGCGUCCUGCGAGCGGUUUUUGUACAAGAUGGUGCGGCGCAUCGUGGGCGCGCUGGUGGAAGUGGGCAAGGGCCGCCUCAAGGCCGAGAGCAUCGCGUCAGACGGCAGUGCAUUAUUGGUGGCGCCGGUAGCGAGGCGUGACUUCAGCUUGGGGAGGAAAAGGUUGGAGAUCGCAGUGCUGGAUAUUUUCCGCCGGCAGAAGGAGAGGGACGAGGAGCGGCAGGCUCUGAAAAGCUGCCGAGAUAUCCUCCUUGGACCGCGAACUCCUGACCAGGGGACAGGCGAAACCACCCGUGGAGCCCGGGGAGUGGUUGGCGAAGGUGCAAAGCAGCGGCAGUUUCGCCUGGACACCGAUGAGCCAGGGAUUUCCGAGACCCUCAGCAAGCUGGCACGGGAGGUGCGGGAAGCGGACCAGUCCGCGAGCAUCCGGAACAUGGACUUCCAGUCCAAGUGCGAGGCCCAUGAUGUCGAAAUGAAGUUGCUGGACCGGGAGCGUCUUACGAUGCCUUUGGACAUUACUUCCUUGCCGCUCGAGGAGCUCAGGAGCACUCAGAUCCGGCGCUGGCGGCUGCAAGGGCCAAAGCUGCAAAGGCACCAUCUCAGGGAGAUCGAGAGGUGCGCGCUGGCCAGCGACCAGGACCUGGAGGUCACCCUGAAGAAGCGGAGCCUCGCUCCUCUCUCGCGCGGCACAUCCAGGUGA